AAGGCGUGAGAGACACGACAGGCACAGAGAGAACGUGACAGUAAUGGUGUGAGAGGCAGGCACAGAGAGAAAGAGACAGUAAAGGUGUAAGAGACAGGCACAAAGAUAAAGAGAUAGUAAAUGUGGGAGAGGCAGACACAGAGAUAAAGAGACAGUAAAUGUGUGAGAGGCAGACACAGAGAGAAAGUGACAGUAAUGGUGUGAGAGACAGGCACAGAGAGAAAGAGACAGUAAAGGUGUAAGAGACAGGCACAAAGAUAAAGAGAUAGUAAAUGUGGGAGAGGCAGGCACAGAGAGAAAGAGACAGUAAAUGUGUGAGAGGCAGACACAGAGAUAAAGAGACAGUAAAUGUGUGAGAGGCAGACACAGAGAGAAAGUGACAGUAAUGGUGUGAGAGACAGGCACAGAGAGAAAGAGACAGUAAAGGUGUAAGAGACAGGCACAAAGAGAAAGAGAUAGUAAAUGUGGGAGAGGCAGGCACAGAGAGAAAGAGACAGUAAAGGUGUGAGAGACAGGCACAGAGAGAAAGUGACAGUAAUGGUGUGAGAGACAGGCACAGAGAGAAAGAGACAGUAAAUGUGUGAGAGGCAGGCACAGAGAGAAAGUGACAGUAAAGGUGUGAGAGGCAGGCACAGAGAGAAAGUGACAGUAAUGGUGUGAGAGACAGGCACAGAGAAAAAGUGACAGUAAUGGUGUGAGAGACAGGCACAGAGAGAAAGAGACAGUAAAGGUGUGAGAGACAGCUCCCAGGAGUAAGGCAGAAUGAAGAGUACAUUUGUAUAUAUCACCCUAAUCUUAAUGGCUCCAACAGUCACAGUUGAGUUUCAGGUGCAAUCUCAAGAGGGAGUAUUGGUGGCAGAAGUGGGAUCGGAUGUCAUUUUACCAUGUAAAACCUUACAGCCUCUCAGUGCUGUUGGAUUAGAAGUACGCUGGUUCCAAACUCUUUUUCACUCUCCUGUCUUCUUGAUGAUUGAUGGACGAGAGGAAAAAGAACAACAAAACACUGAUUUUCGUGGAAGAGCUUCACUGCUGUCUGGUCCUGACACUGGAGAUCUAUCAUUGUUAUUGCGCAAGAUCCGUCUCACUGAUAAUGGCAACUACACUUGUUUUGUUGAGAAUAAGACCACCAAUGUAUAUGAUGAAGCUAAUGUACAGCUUAACACCGUUGCCAUGGGCUCUUCCCCUCUCUUGACAGUCUCUCUUGAAGACAAAGCAAUCCACCUGUCAUUCUCUUCUCAUGGAUGGUACCCGGAGCCUAAAUUACACUUUGAGAAAAAAGAUGGCUCUCUCUUUACCUCCGACACCAAGACAACCCUUAAUCACAGCAGCGGUCUCUUCAGAGUAGAGGGCAGCAUAUUACUGAGAGACUCUUCUGAUAAAAAUGUAUACUGCAUGGCAAGUAAUCCCGGUAUGACAAAAGAGUCCGGCAUCUAUGUGAGAUUUUCAGAUGACCUGUUUCCACGCGUUUCGGGUUAUGCCUAUGCCUUCUGGUUCAUUCUAAUCCUCCUUCUUUUAGUGGUGUCUCUUUUAAUCUACUAUGUGUUUAGACUGCUGAAAGUGAAAGAGGGACUCAAAAAAAAAGUUGAUGAAUUGACCUUAGAAGUGGAGUGGCGCAAAGCUGUCAUGAACCGAGAGUUUAUAACCUUCAAUCCUAAAACUGCCAACGCAAAAAUUUCAAUCUCGCCUGACAAUCUAAUACUCUCUCCAGACCCUCCUGCUGUUAAAUAUGAGCCCAUCUCACUCCAAUUUGAGAAAGAGCGCUGUUGUCUUGGUAAUGAACUCUUUAAUAAUGGAUUUCACUACUGGGAAGUAGAAGUCGGAAAUGGUCUAGAAUGGGCCGUUGGUGUGGCUAACCCAGACGUCCGAAAAACUGGAGCUUAUAUGUUUAGUCCUACAGAACAUAUAUGGUGUAUUGCACGCUUUGUUGAAAAUGUUAAGGCAUUGGAUAAUUCAGAGAAGACACUUGAGCUAAAUGACAAUGCUCUUGAGAGAGUUGGCAUCUACCUAAAGCUUCAGAGGCCAUGUGAGGUCUCUUUCUAUAACCCCCAAUCCUGGGAAUGUCUUUAUACCUUCAAUGAUUUGACUCCAUGUGGACAUUUUCAUCCAUUUUUUUGGGUGGGGACAAAUGGUGCCUCCAUACGACUGUUGGAAAACAGAUGCGCAAGUACUGUGGAGAUAACAGAGCAGGAGAACAUGCAGGAGAACAAUAUGGAACAGAUGAGGCUUCUUGUAGAAGCCUAGAAGCUAGGUGAGAAAAGGGAAGAUGUAGACAGGUAGAUUUACUAAUGAAAUGUAAUUUUCAAAAUUGAAAUUAAAAAAUCAUGGAUGACAAUAAAUUUGCAGAAGGAAUGGGAUGGGCGAAUGUUUCGAAACAUUCAAAAUUUAAAAAUAAUUUUGAUACAAACUUUUUUUUAAUAUUUCUUUUCAAAUUUUAAAGAACAUUAAAAAAUAUUUGUUUGAAUAAUCGAAUGUUUAGCUGUGUAUUUUACAUGAAAUUCGAAAAUAUUACUAACAUUCGAUUUUUUUAAUUUGUUUUUUAAUAUUUGAUUUCAAAAUAGUAUUUCUAAUAUUCAAAUUCGAAACCAACGUUCGAAAUCGAAACUUACAUUUGAAAACUGGAAAUAACAUUAGAUUUUUUUAAUUUUAAAGAAAAUUCUUUCUUAUCAACAUUCGAUUUUCCAAAUCGAAUUUUGACAAUAAAAUUUGUUCUACCAUUAGAAUUAGAAUUUAAAGGGAUAGUAAACACCAAAAAUGUAUUGUUUAAAAAGAUAGAUAAUCCCUUUAUGUACCAUUCCCCAGUUUUAUAGUUAUAGUAAUACACUUUUUACCUCUGUAAUUACCUUGGAUCUAAGCUUCUGCUGACUGCCUCCUUAUCUCAGAUUUUUUGACAGACUUGCAUUUCAGGCAAUUAGUGCUGACUCUUAAAUAACUUCUUGUGCGUGAGCACAGUAUUAUCUACAUGAAACACAUGAACUAACGUCCUCUAGCUGUGAAAACUGUCAAAUGCAUUCAGAUGAGAGGCGGCCUUCAAGGGCUUAGAAAUUAGCAUAUGAGCCUUCCUAGGUUUAGUUUUCAACUAAGAAUAACAAAAAAACAAAGCAAAUUUGAUGAUAAAAGUAAAUUAGAAAGUUGUUUAAAAUUACAUGUCCUAUCUGAAUUAUGAAAGUUUAAUUUGGACUUUACUAUUCUUUUAAACAUAUUUACCCAUCCCUAAUUUACACUGAGAUUUUGACAUUUACCUUUUCAAGCUUUCAACAUGCUUACAAGAAACAAACUCCACUUAAAAUAUAGCCAAGGGCUUAGCUUGCGGUUGUUCUGCAGAAUUCAAGAUUAUCACAAAAUGGGAGUUCCAUCUUGCUGUCAAUUCUUCCAUUAUGUCCAAGUUUCUCUCUCCUGGGGCAGGAAAUACGUUUUAUCUUGCUAGUAGUGAGUAAAUAGGAUUUUUUUUGUUGUUAUUUUUUCACCUUUCAUUUUAUACCGUUUGUUUGGGGUUUUCUGUUUUUGUAAUAUUGUUUGUUUUGUUUUGUUUUUUAUGUACGCACUGUGACCAUUUUUGUUCAUAAUAAAUGUUUAAUUAUUAAAGGGACACUAAACCCACAUUUUUUCUUUCAUGAUUCAGAUAGAGUAUGCAAUUUUAAGCAACUUUCUA